GGGAGGCCGUGGUAUCUCACAUAGCUUUGGUUCAUCAAUGGGUGUUCACGUGGUUUCCUCCGCAGAUUUGGGCUCGGGUUCAGAUGGUGGAGGCCAAGUUAUCCCUGAGCCUGUUCAGAAGAAGACCUGGGCUUCUGUGGUUACCUCUAACCAAAAGGCUUCUGUGAAACUGAGUGGAUUCAUAGGAAUCGUGGAGUGUGCAUUCAUUUACGAGCCAUUGACAGACAAUGAAUUUGAUAAAGAAGCUGCAAGUAGGGCCUUGGCUUUCGAUUUGGCCUGUUUCAUGCAACUUGAUCUGGGCCAGCUGCAAGUGAGAAAUGAAUUUAGUUGGCAUGGAUGCCCAGAGAAAGAUCCUUCAGCCGUCCAUCUUGAUGUUCUUGAUGCAGAGAUUUUGGGAAUCAACAUGGCUAUAGGAAUCAUUGGUUGUAUUGGUAAGCCAAUGAUACGGGACGGACAAGGAAUUAAUGUAUAUGUACGACGUAGUUUGAGGGAUGUCUUUUGGAAAGUUCCAACAUUUUCAUUAGGAGUGAAGGUAUUUUCUGUGACUGGAGAUCUACUUUUGAGUUUGCCAUUCAUUCUUCUUCCAUCGUUUGGAUUUAGCAAUCUUUAUGAUUUGGGGCAUUUGCAUGGAUACAUGGGUUUCUAUUUUGUUCCUUGGCAUGGACUCUUAUCGUUGACUUCUCAUGUGCAUAUAUUAGCAAGAAAUGCAAGAACAUCAAUUUAAACUACCUAACCCCUACAUUCAUCCUCACGUUUACAUGCAUCCUUAGGUUAGAUGUAUAAUAAGUGGAUACAAGAUUUAACUUUGUUGGACAAGGCCUACCCUGGAAUUGAUAUGGACACACCUGUUUAGUUUACUAUCUCAACAUAUUCUUAGAAUGUAUGGCAUCUCUGCAGAUGGCUGUAAGUGAUGUAGUUACAAUUAGUGUGGUUGUUAUGUUUUAGUACCAUAAGAGUUAGAGUUAGUUGGGUCUUUUAUCCUAUAAAUAGGUGGUUAAGCCCCUUUAGUAUUUAGUUAAUGAUAUUUUGAUAUUGAAUAUUUCAAAGCUUGAGAGCUUUUGUACCCAUUUCGGGAUUCUCUCUCUCUAAAGAAGUUUCUUUCUUGAUUUGGUUCCAUUAGUAAGUGAAGAUAGAAAUAGAAAUGGAGACAAAAGUGAGGUCUGCCAAUUUGAAGUGGUAGAGAAAGAAGGAGAGGAGUGUUCUUUUAUUUGAUGAGGAUUCAAUAUAAGAAAGAAAUGCAGUAGAGAAAGAAGAAAAUGACAUUCACGAAUGUAUUCUUCCAUGAAAAUGACAUUCAAGAAUGUGUUCUUUUAUUCUUCAAUGGAACAUCUGCUCCAAACCCAUCUUCUUCUUCUUUUCAAUUUGAAGUGGUAGCAAUCUUAUAUAUAUAUAUAAUUUUUAUUUUUAAAGAAGAACAUUUUUAGCCAAUUAAACCUUGCGCCUAGGAGGAACGUGUAGUGUCAGAAUUCAUGCCCCUUGAUGACAUUGUCCAUGGAGCUUCCUUGAGGUUACCCACAUUGCCAUCGUUUGAACCGAAAACCUUAUGCCAAACAUUUAGCCAAAUUGCCAUGUUAUCUGACAUUUUGAGUUGGACUCUUUAUUUUGGAACUUACAAUGGUAAUGGAUAAAACCUAUACAAACCUAUACCUCAUAUAUAGAGAUCUUUUAACAUAAUUAUGCAAGUUCCGAGUAGGUGCUGCAUUGAAGUAGAUUAAUUCCACCUCUGCCUCUUUUUAAAUUUAAUUUUUCUCUUGAGCUUCUUAUGGCCUGGAUUUAGUGGCAAACUAUAUUUCUUGUACCAACUUAAUGGUUUGUUUGAAGAUUCCCACUCAUUUCCCUCUAGAAACAUUGUAACAAAAGAGGUAACUUCAUUAGAGAUAACUUCAUUUGAGGUAUGAAAAAAAAAGUUUUGCUUUUUGUGGAUUUUAUUUGCAUAUGCGUCGAGACUAUUGAGAUCUUGAAUUUUUGCUAAUUUUUCAUUAUGACAUUGCUUUUAUGGGGACAUUGAAUUAUCUUAUUAAUUUAGGAAAUGUUUUGUUGAUAUUUUAAAAUUUCUUGAUCAUUUCUUAAUGCCUCAAGAAAUGUUUUUGUCUCUAAGGAGUUGGUUUUUGUACU